AUGCUGGGGUCGCUGUUCAGUGUGGACUCGGCCAUAGAUGCGUAUUUACUGGUGUAUGAUAUCACGUCGGAGACGUCGUUAGAGAAUCUUGAGUAUUUCGACGAGCUCAUUGAAAAGAACCUGGACGCGGGCGGCCGGGGCCGUGAUGUGGCCGCUCCAGUCAAGAUCGUGGCUGGCAACAAAUGCGAUUUGAGCGACCACCGCACUAUUUCCAGUGCCCAGGGUCUGGCAUGGGCGAAAGCUCACGGCUGUGGGUUCAUGGAAACAAGUGCUAAAGCCAUGGUCAACAUCGAAGAAACUUUCCAAAUCCUCAUUCGCCAGGUGGUCGAACACCGUCAGGCUGCCCUUGCCGGCUCCUCAUCCUCCAACUCCCCCACCAACGCUACCCGACAGGGUCCCUCGUCCACCUCUAAAACAGGCCUCACCGGCCGCACCACCACCCUCACCGAAAAACCCGCCAAGCAGCGAUCCGGCUGCUGUGUAAUCAGCUAA